AUUCCGGAACAGUGAGGGAGUCAAACUGCUGGCCCCAACCUUGUGAGGCAGGCGGCCAGAGACUGCGGGAAGCGGGGCGCGCGGGGGCCGGGGUGUUCCUCCGCGUGAGAGCACGGAGCCCUGAGCCCGGAGAGUGCGCCCCGCCCUGCACCGCGCCCCUCCCGGUUACCGCCGCCUCCGCAGACCCAGGCUCGGUUCCCAGCCAACGGAAGCAGGGUGGCCUGUGCCGAAGACUGCUGGCAAUGAUAUCUUGCUCCUCAUCCUGAAUCAUCGUCUUUGAAAUUACAAGACAUGGAGGAUGAAGACAAGACUGUUGGAUUUCAUGAUUCAAAGCCACCCACAGGGACCAGUCACACAGCUCCUGUGGAUCAAGGACCACAGGAAGAGAGAGUUGUGAACCUCAAGGGUGUAGAUGGGAACGAGCCAACAGAAGACAGCAACCUGCUGAAUAGUGGUGAGAAAAAGCCACAGGAAUCGGCAACAGAAUCCGGUCGCCUGCAGAGCGUGAGGCGAAUUCUGGCUUGCCCUCCACACGGCUCGUUGGGGAAAGUGAUAACAAAUGGUACCAUGGUUGUUCUUCUGUGGGCUGUGGUUUGGUCAGUUACAGGCCCCGAGUGUCUUCCUGGAGGAAAUCUGUUUGGAAUCAUAAUCCUAUUCUAUUGUGCUGUCACCGGAGGUAAACUUUUUGGACUCAUCAAGUUGCCAACAUUGCCUCCUCUGCCUCCUCUUCUUGGCAUGCUGCUUGCUGGGUUUCUCUUGAGAAAUGUCCCAGUCAUCAGUGAUAACGUCCGGAUCCAGCAUAAGUGGUCUUCUUCUUUGAGAAGCAUAGCCCUUUGUGUCAUUUUGGUUCGUGCUGGCCUCGGUCUGGACCCAAAGGCACUGAAGAAACUGAAGGGUGUGUGUGUACGACUGGCCAUGGGCCCCUGCCUUGUGGAGGCCUGUGCUUCUGCCCUCCUCUCUCACUUCCUGAUGGGGUUACCAUGGCAAUGGGGCUUCAUACUGGGUUUCGUCAUAGGUGCUGUGUCUCCAGCUGUCGUGGUGCCCUCGAUGCUCCUUUUGCAAGAAGGAGGCUAUGGUGUUGAGAAAGGUGUCCCAACUUUACUCAUGGCUGCUGGCAGCUUUGAUGACAUUUUGGCCAUCACUGGCUUCAACACAUGCUUGGGUGUGGCCUUUUCCACAGGGUCUACAGUUUUUAACAUCUUCAGGGGCAUUUUGGAGGUGGUAAUUGGCAUGGCUACUGGAUCUUUCCUCGGUUUCUUUAUUCAGUAUUUUCCAAGCAGUGACCAGGUAAACCUUGAGUGGAAGCGAGCCUUCCUGGUCCUGGGCUUCGGUGUGUUGGCUGUGUUCAGCAGUGUUUAUUUUGGCUUCCCGGGGUCAGGAGGACUGUGCACAUUGGUCAUGGCUUUCCUUGCAGGCAUGAGAUGGAAUGACAAGAAGUCAGAGGUAGAAAAGAUAAUUGCAGUCGCCUGGGACAUUUUCCAGCCCCUUCUGUUUGGCCUGAUUGGAGCAGAGGUAUCUAUUACGUCUCUCAGACCAGACACGGUUGGUCUUUGUGUUGCAACCCUCGGCAUUGCUGUACUGAUACGAAUUUUGACUACUUUCCUGAUGGUGUGUUUUGCUGGUUUUAACAUAAAAGAAAAGAUCUUUAUUUCUUUUGCCUGGCUUCCAAAGGCCACAGUCCAGGCUGCUAUCGGGUCUGUGGCUCUGGACACGGCGCGAUCCCAUGGAGAGAAGCAGUUAGAAGAGUAUGGGAUGGAUGUGUUGACCGUGGCAUUUUUGGCCAUCCUCAUCACAGCACCAAUCGGAAGCCUACUGAUUGGCUUGCUGGGUCCCAGACUUCUUCAGAAAUUUGAGCAUCAAAAUGAAGAGGAAGUUCAAAGAGAGACUUCUGCACAUGUUCAGAGACUCUGAAACUACAUCUGGUCAACAAAUAGAGUUAUUUCUGGAUAUCAGUAGGAGAUUAGCUCCAGAGCCCCCUCAGAUACUAAGAUCAAUGGAUGCUAAAGUUCUUUAUAUAGAAUACUGCAUUGACUUAUAACAUGUACAUGUUCUCCUAUGUGCAACUGUUAUUUAUAUUUUAAUAGAUUUCCUGUAUAAUUAACUAUUUAUUUGUGUGGGGGAAAUAAACAUGACAGCUAAUUGUAAA